AUUAUUUUGUUGUAGGUGAAGACGAAACAAGUUGCUUUUUUUCGUUAUUUAUGCAUUCAAUUCACUACGAUAAUAUCAAUAUCUAACAUCAUUUAAAUUAAAUAAUUUCGUGUUUUCAAGUUUUGAAACUAGUCUUUCAAUUCGUGUCAUCGUUGAUGGUAGGAACGUGCCAAAAUAAAUUCUUUUCUUCUUUUCAAGUGUGUAGACAAUCUUCAGAUUAUAGAUAUAUAUCGUUGGUAUUUGAAUGAGUGACACACUAAAUUAAAAAGUUCAAAAGUUUUUGUUUUGUUUUGGAUUAAAAAAAAGAAGUUAAUUGCUGCGUAUAGUAAAGGACAGUAGAUUUCGGGUUUUGUGGGAUUUUUUUUAGGAUAAAAGAAAAUCUCCAACAGUACAUACUCAUAUACAUUAAUCGAAGAUGUGGCCAGGUUUCGCGUGUUAUUUAAAUUGUAUCGUCGUAUUGAUUGUGGCAAGUCAAGGUGUGAAAGCUCAGUAUGACUUCAGGGACAUCUUUUAUUCAUUCACUCGUAAUGUUGCACGUAAUUUUAAUAACUGGAGGCAUGUUGAUGAUCAGUAUGGUGGUAAUGGGAAUGGUAUUGGAUCAUAUCCGCAACAGCCGUCUGUACAAUAUUCUUAUUCUGGUAAUUACAAAACAGUUGGCGACUAUUGUUACACAAAAAGUUUAGCGGGUGUAUGCACCCUAACCAGCAAGUGUCCCGAAGUGGUCAGAGACAUUCAAAAGGGGAAAAAUCCGGUGGUGUGCUCUUAUCAAGGAUCAGAAGCUGUUGUUUGCUGCCCUAAACGGAACUCUCAGCCAAAUCAACAAGUAUGGUCGAAUAACAACAACAACAACAAUUAUUAUAACAACAACCAGUACUACCAGCAAGGAGGUUUUACCAAUCAAAACCAACAACAGAAUCCGGUUAAUCAAAUAAAUCACAACUUUCCGAUCCAACAACCCAAUCAAAUUUAUCCGAUGAAUCAGCAAUCACCUCAAAUCCCUCAGGCUUCAUCGAAUAAUCAGAAUUAUCGAGAAGUCGUCCCCAUUCGUCAUUCACCGGGCUCACGUCGAAGUGAACAAAAAUGCGAAGAAUAUUCGAAACUAGCUACCCAUUCUGGUUCAUUCACAUCACUGUCGAUAUUGACCUCUACUCAAGAAGUGAAUAUUCCAACUUGUACCUAUCCGACCGGAUUGAUUGUUGGUGGAGAAGUUGCAAAAACAGGCGAAUUUCCUCAUAUGGCUGUUAUUGGUUGGACAAGCAACGGCGAAGUGGACUGGAAAUGCGGUGGUUCAUUGAUCAGUGAAUAUUUCGUUUUAACUGCAGCCCAUUGUUCAGCUGUUGUCGGCAUUCCACCGGACACGGUUAGACUCGGCGAUCAAAAUUUGGUACGACAAGACGACAAUGCUCAGCCACAAGAAUAUCGAAUUGCAAAUGUAAUUGUGCAUCCGGAUUACAGACAUUCGUCAAACUAUUAUGACAUUGCUUUGAUUAGAUUGAGCCAGCAGGUUAUAUUCACUCGGUUCAUUCGCCCAGCAUGUCUAUGGCAAAGUAGUUAUGUUAAUUCAUCGAAUGCAAUUGCUACUGGUUGGGGACAGCUCGAAUUUGCUGGCGAGCGAUCGGACGACCUUCAGAAGGUAGCUCUGAACAUUAUUGACAACAAUCACUGUCAGCAACUGUACGAAAGAUCAAAGAAACUGAGAAACGGAAUUGUUAGUUCUCAAUUGUGUGCCGGAUAUCUGGAGGGGGGAAAGGAUACAUGCCAAGGGGAUUCAGGCGGCCCGAUACAAGUAGUUACGCCCAGAAAUCAAUGCAUUUUCCAUAUUAUUGGCAUCACGUCUUUCGGUAAAGCUUGUGCAGCGGUAAAUGCAGCCGGCGUGUACACAAGGGUAUCAUCAUAUUUAGAUUGGAUUGAAUCGAAUGUGUGGCCUUAAAAGUAGGACGAUCUUAGUUAAACUGGAGAUAUUUAUUUUUGAAUUAUUUUAAGUUACUCGCAGUGUCACUGUAUCUUUCGAACGAAAAUUUGUUGCAUUCGAAAAGCCAUGUUUUUAUACGUGAACCUUGAAAUGUUUUCUUUUUUUAUAUAUAAAAAAAUAGACAACCAACCACUCAAACCA